AUGCCAGAGGUAACCAAGUACAAUUUAGUGGAUGACGCGCAGGAUUUGAGGAUCCCCAUGCACAACGACGAGGUGUUUAAGCAUGGGGUCUGCUUCGAGGCAAAGUACAUUGGCAGUUUGGAGGUGGGCCGCCCCGGGAGCCGAAUGGAGAUAGUUGCUGCAAUGAGGAGAAUCAGAUAUGAAUUCAAACUGAAGAAUAUCAAGAAAAAGAAGGUCAACAUUGUCGUAUCUAAUGAUUUUGUCAAAGUGAUUCUGCGCAAAAAGAGGAAGAGAAAAGGAUGGUCAUGGGAUGAUAAUUCCAUCUUAGUCACACAGGAUCCCAUCUACAGGAUCUUCUACGUCUCACAUGAUGCCCAAGACUUGAAGAUCUUCAGUUACAUAGCGAGGGAAGGACAGAGCAACAUUUUCCGCUGCAAUGUGUUCAAGUCAAAGAGGAAAUCGCAGGCCAUGAGGAUCGUUCGGACGGUGGGGCAGGCGUUCGAUGUGUGUCACCAGCUGACCCAGCAGCAGAAAAGUGAUGACCAGGAGGAUGAGGAGGGGAAGGCGGAGGAAUCGGAGGCAGUGCCAGCAAAGAAGAGGUGUGCAUUGUCAGAAGAGACCGACCUUGAAGCCACUACAGAGGAGAGCAUUGAGUGCUUUUCUUCAUCCGACCUGGAGAAGAGCAAUGAGAAGGUGUCUGGUGACCCGUCUCUCCUGCUGGGCUCCCCCAUCCUUGGGGCCUCUGUGUCGGGUCAGUCGGCAGAAGCAGCCCCCUGCUCUGCAGAGCGCCAGGUCCAGCUCCUCCAGAAACAACUGCAGCAGCAGGAACAACAGGCACUGGCAGCUUCAGAGCAGGUCCAUGUCCUCCAGGAGCAGCUGUCGGUGGAGGUGUGUGCGCGGACUGAAACCCAGGCCAGAGUGCAGAGACUGCUGCAGCAGAACACAGACCUGCUGCAACACAUUUCCCUUCUGGUCAAACAGAUCCAGGAACUGGAGCUUAAAGCUGCUGGCCAAUUAACAUCUAUGGGCUCCCAGGACAGUCUUCUGGAGAUCACUUUCCGCCCCAAGCCCCCCAGCUCUUCUUCAUCUACGGGCCCUUUUGCAGCUCAAUCCCAGGUCCAGAUUAGAGACAGUCCCUGGGUCUCCGCCCUCCUUGGGCCCUGCUCUCCGGGCACCUGGGGCACCGACACCAGCCCUCUGGGGCUCAGCAGUGGAGUUCGGCUCGAGUGCUUCCGCUUCUCCUCCAGCGGGCUGGACAUCCAGGAGCAUGGCCAGGACACAGGGGAGACUCCCAGCGACGGAGCCCCGGAUGAAAUCUCGCCGCUAGGGGAGCAGGUCUUGGGAGCCCUGGAGCUGCUCCGGUUUAGGGAGUCGGGGAUCGGAUCGGAGUACGAAUCAAAUACAGAUGAGAGCGAUGACCGGGACAGCUGGGGUCAGGGUGAGGGAGUGGGGUCUGACAGCGCAGCGCGACUUUUAAACGUGCUGAACACAGAGUGUCUGCCGGACUGCUUAGGAGAUGAGAUGGCUGUGUAG